ACCGAUUCUUUGCGAAUAAUAUUAUGACGUUUAUAAAAUGUCAAAAUCUACAGAGGACAGCGAUGGUUUUCAAAAAGUAAAGUCGAAGCGUUGCGCAAAAAACAAACCUACGAAAAUACCUAGCAAAUGUAUAGAAUUAGAAAAACAAGAGAUCGCAAUUGACUUUGAUAAAGUUUUUAAGCGAAUCAACUGUGCUGUGGACGAUAUCAAACUCUCGAAUUUCUUUGGAGACGUUAUAAAAUCUGUGAGUAACAUUUUGAACGCUAAAAACGUCGUAGAAAUAGUUUGUCUUGGACUCGGACAUGUAGCUGAAUGUAACAUAUCUAGAUACCAACUCGCUCUCUUACUUUGUUUGAAGGACUCCUUAAAACCUGACAAUGUACUAGUACAUGACCCUAUCUUCUAUAAAAGUGAGUGUGAACUCUUAACGAAGUUAGGACUCGAAGUUAUAUUGGAAAACAAUGAAGGAAAUUAUGUAAUAUCAGAUAAAGGGCCCACUGUUGUGUUUUUCCCUCAUUGUCCAAAACAAUUGACUAAUAACUUCCUUUGGAGUAAUUGGGGACCUAAUUUAGAAAACUGUGUACUUAUUUGUAACAGUUUUACAUCUCUUGUAGACAAUCAGCCCAGUAGAAUACUUUCAGAAACUGUUCCAUUCAUCUUUAAAAUACACCCUCAUACAUCUGAGCAGGCUUUAAACAAUAGUUUUAAAUAUACUGAUAUCUUUAAUGAUACUGCAAUCCACCAUUUCCCUAAAGAACAUUUAGAAAAACUUGAUUCAAACUUUUGGACCAGAGGUGACAAACCUGCAUACGAAAACACUGAAGAAUUUAUCACAUCUCUUAUGAUACAGAAGCUGAACAUCUAA